GGAAAAAAAGGAUAGAUCGGUAGGCAAGGUAUAAAGUAGGUAGGUAUCUAUUUCGGGUUCCCUGUGCUCCUUACUGGUGACUCUAUAUGUGAUAUGUACAGAUAGUAAGUAAGGUAAGUGAUCAAUUUAGCUGCCUUGGGUGACCAAGCCGGUGCCAUUAUGAGAGACGAGGUGACGGGGAUACCUGAGUAGAUCUGGACAUCUGUAUGUUACGUUAGGCAGCUAUGUUCUCAUGCUAAGUAAGCUCUCUCUCUCUCUCCGCCUCUUAUGGACUUGCCCCUACCCUCUCCUCUCUCUUUCUUUUUUUCCCCUUCUUCUUCUCGUUUCGAUUUCUCGUUCGGUGGUUGCUCCUAUCGAGGGUGACGGGUGGACGGAUAGAAGUUAUCCAACGUACCUAUCUACUCUACGCACAUGCAUGUACUCGAGUACCCAAGAUAGGGAAGGUUGUCGUUGUGUACCUAAAAAGGGGGUUGCCGUGGGAAGGACCCCGCAUAUCUCUGGAUCCCACGCCGGCAAUUGCUUAAGUCCACGUUUUUGUUUACUUGGCGCCGUAGGAUGAGGCAGUUUUAACAUACCUACACGUAGAUCGCGGGAGGUCGGUGCGCUAGAGGGGGAGGGAGGGGGUGGAGCGGUUGGAUGGGUAGGUGUAGGUACAUAUGCAU